AUGAAGGUCAUUGUGACUGGCGCCACAGGCUUCAUAGGCAAACAGGUCGUUGUUCAAUGUAUUCAAAAUCCAACAAUAACCUCGGUGAUUGUUCUCACGAGACGAGAAAUCGACAAGAACCUCAGCAGUGACCCCAAGGUGCAAGUGAUAAUUCACCAAGACUUUGAAACAUAUCCUCAAGAAUUACUUCAUCAAAUACAAGGGUCACAAGGAUGCAUAUGGUGCCUAGGUGGUAAGGUCGGGGACUUUCCUGAUCUCGAAACAGCGAGAAAGGUCGGCGUAGACUACACAUUGGCUGCUGCGAAUGCGUUUGUCAAAGGUGUCUGUCCUGGUUUUCAGUCACAAUCACAAAAGUUUCAAUUUGUCUUUUGUAGUGGUGAUGGAGCAGAGUGUGAUCAAGACAAAAGUCUGUGGAUGCUUUCAGAUACUCGAAAGAUCAAGGGAUCUGUUGAACGAGGAUUGUUGGAUAUUGCCGAAGCAAACCCAAACGUCUUUGCAGCCACCAUGCUCAGACCAGGCGGUGUGAUUCCAGACGAUAAAGAGGUGCUUGGAACAAUUGGAGGCCUCAUGAUGAUUCCAGUUGUGAAAGUAUCCCAACUUGCAAAGGCACUGGUUAGGGUAUGCGUCGAACCACCGGACGCGAGAGUCGUUCCCAACAAGGAGAUCCGGCGACUUAGUGCUUGA